AUGAGGUUCCUGCAGAGGGUGAGAUGUUGGGAGUACAGGCAGCAGCCUUCGAUUGUCCGUCUCGUCAGGCCUACUCGUCCCGAUAAGGCUCGUCGUUUGGGCUACAAGGCCAAGCAGGGCUUUGUGGUGUACCGUGUCCGUGUGAACGUGGUGGACGCAAGAGGCCAGUGUCAAAGGGUAUUGUGUAUGGAAAGCCCACAAACCAGGGAGUCACCCAACUCAAGUUCCAGAGGAGCAAGCGCUCUGUCGCUGAGGAGCGUGCCGGAAGGAAAUUGGGCGGUCUCAGAGUUGUCAACUCCUACUGGCUCAACGAGGAUUCGACCUACAAGUACUACGAGAUCAUCUUGGUGGACCCAGCACACAAUGCUGUGCGUAAUGACCCGAGAAUCAACUGGAUCUGCAACCAGUGCACAAGCACAGAGAGCUCAGAGGACUCACCUCGGAGGGAAAGAAGAAUCGUGGACUUCGUGGAAAGGGUCACCGCAACCACAAGAACAGACCUUCCCGCAGGGCUACCUGGAAGAGCAACAACACUCUGUCUCUUCGUCGUUACCGUUGAUUGCACCACUCCUGCUAUUAUCAUUAUCAUCAUCUUCUUCUAGAAAAAGGCUUGUUCAGAGUGCUUCAUUGAUGGAAAUUGUGAUCUUAAUCUGCGUUAUAGCAACAUUGUGCAACUCUAGGAAGAUCAGCCGUGCCAAGGUCAAUUGA